UUAGAAAAGAGAAGCGGCUAUCCAUUGGCAAACUUGGUGUACGAGUAUUUGGUGGUGUGAUUAGAAUGGCUAGAGUGGUUAAAAUGAUUGUCAAUUUUACUAGAAUGAUGGUUGGUAUAGUUAGAAUGGUGAUUGGCAUGGAGGAACGGUGGUUGACGUAG